AUGCCGAACCUCAAAGUCUCUACCACUGGCGACAAUAUCAACAACAGACCCGUCGAGUUUUACGACUCCAAGCUCCCGGACUCCAAGUCCAAGAUUUCUGCCGAGAUCACACAGUCUCCGAGUCCCGUUCUCGGGCCGAAAGAUCUCGACAACGAUGAUCUAACCGAACCAGAGGUCGAGCAUCAAUCACCAUGGCCAUGGGCGCGCAAAGCUCGCAAGCCAAUUGACCUCGACGCAACCGCCACGACCAGAAGUGUGUUUGAUGAUCCCUCCAUCGCACAAUUUUAUCUCCCUCGUACAGAUCAUGAGAACUACAGUCGGUUCGACAUCGCCGAAAGGUGGACGUAUCGCGAGGAGCGCAGCGUAAAGCGAAAAUCUGACAUUAAGAUCUUCCUUUGGAUCUUGGUAAUGUUCUUUGCCCUCAACCUCGAUCGUGGGAAUCUUGGUAAUGCUGUCGCUGAUAAUUUGCUUGACGAUAUCAGCAUCACCACCAACGAUUAUAACAACGCCCAGAAUAUGUACCGCAUCGGGUUCUUACUUUCCGAGAUUCCUUCCCAGAUGCUUGGGAAGCGCAUUGGUCCUGACCGUUGGAUUCCCGUCCAAAUCAUCUUGUGGAGCUUUGCUGCUGGAGGCCAAUUCUUCAUGACUGGACGGGCCAGCUUCUUUGCUUGUCGGUUUUUGAUUGGCGUCUUUAUGGGCGGGUUCAUCCCAGAUUCCAUUUUGUACUUGUCAUACUUCUACAAGAAGAGCGAGAUGCCCAUGCGUCUCGCCUUCUUCUGGUUCGUCGACUCCAUGUCCGGCGUCAUUGGCUCUUUUAUCGCCUACGGUGUUCUGCAUAUGCGGGGAGUUGACGGGAAGGAAGGAUGGCGCUGGCUCUUCCUCAUCGAAGCUUUAAUCAGUGUCACGAUUGGUUUCGCAAGUUUCUUCUUCCUGGUCCCUGGACCGACUCAAACCAAGACCAAGUGGAAUCCGAAAGGCUACUUCACCGAGCGCGAAGAGAAGAUUAUUGUUAAUCGCGUCCUUCGUGAUGAUCCUUCCAAGGGAGAUAUGCACAAUCGCCAAGGUAUCAGUCUGAAGCAACUCUGGCAAAGUCUCUCGGACUAUGAUUUGUGGCCAAUAUAUGUGAUUGGUAUUCUGUUCCAGAUUCCGGAAGGGCCACCAAAAUCUUACUUGACACUCACACUCAAACAUAUUGGGUUCAGCACUUUCAACACAACUCUCCUCGGUAUACCAAUCACGAUUUUCUCAUCUCUUAACAUGCUGUGGGUCACCUACUUGACCGAGCGCUUCCAACAACGAGCGUACGUCGGCGCCCUUUCUCAGCUUUGGGUGCUGCCGCUCUUGGUCAUAGAAUACACUUCCGUUCAGUCCCUCUCAAACUGGGGUCAAUACGCCGUUCUUUUCUUCUUGUUAGCUCAACCUUCAGUCCACGCUGCGCAAGUGGGAUGGUGCUCACGCCUGAGUAAUGCAGUACGGACCCGUGCCGUGAGUGCUUGCUUGUACAACAUCACUAUUCAACUCUCUGGAAUCGCUUCUUCGAAUAUCUAUCGUGCGGACGACAAGCCAUUAUAUAAGCGCGGCAAUCAGCAACUGAUCAUCAUCAACGUUGCGACUAUCGUCUUGUAUCUACUCACAAAGGUCUACUACACACAACGGAAUAGUUACAAGACGAAGAAGUGGAACUCGAUGACGAAGGAAGAGCAGGCCUGGUACUUGGAACACAACUCUGACCAAGGAAACAAGAGACUGGAUUUCUUGUUCGCCAGUUAG